AAAUGGGUAUUAACACUAACAGCUACUUUAGAAGCUGUUUUUGACGCACAGUGUGCAUGUUAUGUCUUCUAAUAGUCGCUAACUUCAGUUGUAUUCAUGGUAAACUCCGAUACGAGUCAGUGCUCGUCGGAUAAGCAUCCCUUCCCUUCCCCGUGCCCGAGCUCUCUAAGCUCUGUGCUCGACGUUCCGUAGCAGAGAUCGCCAGGCCAGCCGAGAGGCGACGCGACGGGCAGCUAGCUCUCAGCUCAGGGCAUGCGGUGCGGCAUGCGGCAGGGCAGUGCAGUGCAGAUAUACAAGCUUCACAAUUCACACUCUGUCUAGAGAUCUACAUAAGAUGAAAUUAUGGCAGAGAAGUGAAUAAUCAUCAGCUUAUUUCUGAGGCUGAUGAACUUGAUGAAGAGCAAAAUGCAAGAAGUCAUCUUUUUCUUCGGACCACCAUUCAGUGGUAAAACAAGUUACUAUGAGCAGCAUCUGAAGUCGUCCCAUGAGAGAGUGUCUGCCAGUGAGUUUUACCACUCUAAUCCAAGCUGGGGUCUGAGACACUUUAUCCUCCAUCUUCUCAAGAUCUUAGGAGAGGGCAAGGGCGUGGCGAUUGAUGAUGAAAACUGGUCCCGAAAGACAAGACAGUCAUGUAUUCAGAGCAUCAGAGUAAAGCUUCCUGCCUGCAAGUUCAUCUGCUAUGUGUUCAAGCCUAAAGAUGCCUUUGAAUGCCUGUGGAGGAGGGAGUGGAUCUUGGCCCAGUACUUCUCAUCACAAGAAGAGAAUAAACCUAGCCAUCAGCAGUCAUGCCCUACAGUGGACUUGUCUGCUACCCAAGCCAGAAUACACAUGUGGUUUCAUCAUGAUAGUGGUGAUCACGUUUCAGGCUUAGAUGCUGUGGAGGAAAGUGAGGGAUGGCACCAGAUAAAACAAAUUAAGACCAGUCCUCAGCCAAAAACCAAUUACAAGUUUGAAGUGCCUGCUGCAUUCCUAGACUGGCAGGGUUUGAUGGAUCAUUCGACUGAUGAUCUUGUAGAAGCUCUUUUGAUAUGGAAACAUAGCACAUUGUGUGGGAGAGUCAUCGUUCUUGCAACAAUCCCAGAUGAGGUAUCGAAUGACAAAGAUUCACAAGAUUCCAACCCUGGAGAUGUCUACAAGUCAGUCGUCAAGAAACUCCAGGCAAAGACACGAGCCCUGGCAAGAAAACUCGAGAUUCCAGUUUUCUAUGUUAUCAUCAAGGACCAGAAACAAAGUGGCAGUUUCACCAGAUCCCCCAAGCCUGGUAUCCUAUCUUUCCUUCAGCGUCUACACCACAUCGAUCUCCAACACCCAGGAACUGUGUACAUCUACCAAUCUAAAGGCAGCAGGGCCACUGAGUUUACUCAAACUGGAAUAAAGCAGUUUGCAGCUGGUUUGAUCUGCAAGAAUCCAAACAUAUUGGCACAGUGCCAAGGAGCGAGGAUCUCAGGCUCUGCUCAUGAGUCGAUCACAGAUUUUGAUUACAUUGCAGAGAACAACGAAAGGAUUCCGAGUGCAAUUCCCCUCUUCAACAAGAUUAUCAGAGGUGACACUGAAGAUGAUGUAGAAGGAACUUACCUUGCCGAGGAGAGGUGGGGAAGGGUACUAGGAGUAAGCUACAAGGAUAAACCGACAUUCCGAAGAUUCCAAGAAGAAUACACAACCAAUGCCUCACACAUCUCGGCUGAAGGGAGCAAAAUAGGACACAGACCCUUGCAUAGUGGAGCCAAGAGAGGGAGCUCUACCAUUCCAGUAAAGACCAUUGAACCCCAAAGCCAUCAAGAAGGUACUAUGAACAGUGGCGGAGACAGAAACAGAGAAUCAACACGCACAAUAAAGCUUCCCUCGUGGAUGACGCCAAAGAGAAGCAAGAAUGAGCAGGAAACCAAAGAUGACGUAACAAAUGCCGAAAAAAAAUAUGCUGGAUUGCCUUCAACAAUUUAUUGCAUGACUGUCACAGAGCUCAGAGAAGUAGCAGAGAUAUUUCUUAAUCAGGAUGAAGACAGUGAUGCAAGCUCGGGGUCUUUUCCAGAUUCAACCAAACUCGAUGAUUCAGGCCUAAUCAUGAAUAAUGCCCAAGAAGAUGAAGAAGGUUUAGACCAAUCUUAUGAAGAUAUGAACUUAGAGAUGGAAGAAAGCAACUCAGAAGGAGAAACGUCAGCCAAGGAGAGGAGAUGUAAGACUUCUCUUCCAGGAGACGAGGAGGAAAGGAAUGCCAGGAGAGAGGAUGGUGAUGACAGGGAUAGGAGGAAAGAAAGACCAGAGAGUGGAGAUGAUGGAGGAGAUGAUGGGGUGGCUAGCAUCAUCACGGAUCUGUUCGCAGGGGAGAGCGGACGCAAGAGGCCACCACCCAAAAAGAAGACUGCGAGGUCACCUUUUGCUCUAUCAUCAACUAUGCUGUGGUCAGAUGAGGAGUCGUCAUGCCAACCGGAUACCACCUGCAGUACAUCAAGGGGGAAUCACCCGAGUGAAGAGAAGCCAAAAGAGAGCAAGCCAGCAAUUCAAGACUUCUCCUUCCUGGAUGAAAUAUUUUAA